UAUCCGCCUGGCUCCAACGGUCGCAGCUUCACCCUCGUGAAGGGGGCCAGCACGGACGCGAUGAUGGUGGAGACUCUUGGCGGGGUAGUGCAGCGCUACGCGGUCGCAGCCGACUCCAUCGACGACAACGCCGACACGCGGGCCCUCCCGGCGGCGUGGCGGAACAACGCUCGCCGCCAGCGCUUCGCGGAGGCCGUCGAUUUGAUGCAGUAUCGCGACUGCGGGGACUCACCGCUCGAGGGCGAGGCUUCGGCGCUAUGGUAUCUGGGGGAGAUCGCUCGCUGUGGAGAGGGGGGGCCCUUCCAGCGUCAUUGUAAAUGGGCCCAUCAGCUCAACGCGGGCGGGGGCCGUUCGGUCCACGAGCACGUCUGCAUCAUGGAGGUGCUCGAGCUGGCGGCCGAGAUCGACCAGCUCAACGCCCCCACUCUGGUCUCGCUGGAGGCCCUUGGGAGGCGCGCCGCGCUGAUCGAGCGGGCGCGCCCCAACUCGCCCGGGGGGCCCGACUACGCCGGGGCCGACGACUUCAUUGGUUGGGGGCCCAGGCGGGGGAAGGCGCCGGUCGCGCCGACUCUCGUCAAGCACGUGGCGGAGCAGGCUCGCGACAAGGCGGCUUCAGACGAGGAAGCCGCGCGUGCGCUCCUCGGGGGCAGAGUCCCCUACGCGGGGGGCGAUGACUUGACAGUGGUCCCCUACGACCGCGCCCUGGCGUCGAUCCCCGGCGACGGGCGAAUUCCCGCCCCGCUGUCCAAAAGGCCGCCGCUGGAUGCCGCAAAGAUGAUCGUAGAUUUCGACACCAACCUGCCCAAGGACGACAACCAGCGGGGGGCGGAGGCGGGGCGAGUUCGAGGCGGGGCCUCUGUAUUUUUCGCGCAAAAGAAGUCGGGCAAUCAGCGCCUCGUGGUUGACUGCAGGCGCGUCAACGCCCGCUUCCGAGAGUGUCCACGCGCGCCGAUGGGCUCGGGGGGGCCCUGGGCCGACGACGCGAUGGGCACGGGCACCGGCAUGUGCCUCUCUCGAAGUGACGCGAAGGAUUAUUUUUAUGCAUGCGAGCUGGCACCUUGGCUCGGGAGUUUCUCCUGCCUGUUGGACAUCACUGGCGGCGAGCUCAAGUCGAUCGCCGACGGCGACCCCUUUUUCGGCUACCUUCGGGACGUCGACUCCAUCGCCCCCCCGACGAUGGCGAUGCCGAUGGGCUGGGCGCGGAGCUCCUUCUUCGCGCAGGUCCUGCACGCGCGCGAGGUCAGCCAGAUCAGGGACUGGCCGCCGGGUGCGGUCAUGCAGGGCCGCGCGCCGCCGCCGCCGUUCCGGGCGGGCCCCGAGUUGGCGCCGCCGCGCCGCGACAACUUCGCGGCGGCCGCGCCCGCCAAGGCCCGGGCCGACGCCCUCCGCGAGGACAGCGAGCGGAGGAUGAUUUCGCUCGCUUUUGAGGUCCACGAGGAGGAGGAGGCCGCUCGGCGCUGGUUGGAAUCACUGGGGCUCGCCAUCGACGGCUUGACGGGGGGGCGCCGCCCGAGCCCAGUCAAGGCCUGGCGCCUCCGCCAGGUCUGCCGCCGGCUGCGCCGCCUUCCGCAGCUGCUGCACUAUCAUGCAGUGCCACUACCUCCGGCCGCGGAGCUCCGCGCGGCGGCUGCCGCGCUGCCGCUUGCGAGGGCCAGCGCGAGGCGGCCCUGGUCGCCCGAGGCGGAGGUCUUCGACUCCAGCACGGCAGGGUGCGGGAUCCUCUCCGCGUCGCUGCCCGAGGAGGUGGUCGCGGAGAUGGGCAAGACAGACGAGCGCUGGAGGCGCGCCUUCCAGCGCGAGCAGCCAGCGGGGCCGCGCGCCCUUCGGGCGGCUCCGCCUGUCGAGGAGUGCUUCUCCAACGUCGAGACCGUGCUCCCUCGCGACUGGACCCGCAAGCGGCGCCAGCCUGCGCGGGACUUCCCCGAGGCCCCGCCGUCUAUCUCCAGGGGCUUCGAGUGGCGCGAGUGCGUCGCAGGCCGCCGGCGGCACGAGGAGCACCCCGCGAUGCUUGGGCCUCGCGGGGCUGAUCUCUGCGCGUCGCACCUGCCAGACGCUGCCCAACCGUAG